UUUCUCUCUAGGUUACCAUGAAGGGGGACGACAUCGUCAUCACCGGUUUCUCGGCCUAUUUCCCCCAAGCCGAUCACCUGGUCGAGUUCAAGGAGAAGCUCUACGCGGGUGUGGAAUUGGCCACCGAGGAUUUCUCGCGAUGGCCUCCAGGAUACAACGGAAUGCCAAGAGUUCACGGAAAGAUCAAAGACCUGACACGCUUUGACGCAAACUUCUUCUCUACUUACCCGAAGCAGGCUCACGUGACGGACCCACAGUUGCGAUUGUUGUUAGAGACGUCGUAUGAAGCCAUCCUGGAUGCCGGUUACGACCCGGAGACGUUUCGGAAGCGAAAGAUUGGUGUCUUUAUCGGGAACUCGGUCGCCGAGUCAGGCGAGGCAUUCAAGCUGGACACCGCCAGAGGGGACGCCUAUACCAUACUGGGAUGCCACAGGGCUAUGUUCUCCAACCGGAUUUCAUACUCCCUCGACCUUCAAGGACCGAGUAUGACUAUCGACACGGCUUGCUCGUCAACGAUGACUGCCCUGAGCGAAGCCCUGCUGGCGAUUCGGUCAGGACGCUGUGAGGCCGCCAUCGUGGGAGGAGCCAGCGUAACCCUCGAUCCACACUUCAUGAAAAACUUCCAGACAUUGGGCGUGCUGUCAAGCGACGGAAAAUGCAAGCCAUUUGAUAUAGACGGCGGUGGCUACGUUCGCAGUGAAGCUGUCGGCGCAUUCUUCCUACAGAAAUUCUCUGACGCCCGGCGUGUAUACGCAAAAGUUGUCAACGCCAGCACGAAUUCAGAUGGUUACAAGGAACUAGGUGUCCCGUUUCCAUCGUCCGUCGGCCAUGAGAAGCUUCUCCGUGACUCAUACGCUGAGGCCAACGUGGACCCAGCGAAAGUGGUUUAUGUUGAGGCGCAUGGCACUGGGACCAAGGUUGGCGGCACGCAGGAGUUGGAGGCAAUCAGCAACGUUCUGUGCUCACCAGAGCGCGAGAAACCACUCUUGAUCGGGUCUGUUAAAAGCAAUAUGGGUCACUCUGAGAGCGCCUCCGGUAUCCCUGCUGUGGCCAAAGUAAUUCUCGCCAUGGAGACCGGCAAAAUAGCACCCACUCUACACUUCACCGCGCCACACCCGGACAUGCUCUCAUUGGUCGAUGGCCGCGUGAAAGUAGUGGACAGGGUGAUGCCAUUCGACGGUGGCAUGGUAGGAAUCAGCUCUCAGGGUAUCGGUGGUGCGAACGCGCACGCUAUCUUGGAAUCCAACCCAAGCCGCCACGUCGAAAGCUUUCCACGUGAGAAGCCGCAUCUCCCGAGGCUUGUUCUUAUGUGUGGAAGGACCGAGGAGGCACUAAUGCGCACACUGGAUCGAGUAGAGGCCGAGGGACCGUACCCGGACUCCGGUUACGCCCUGCUCAACCGAAUUGGCCAGCGAAGCGUCAAGCAGUUCCCGUAUCGAGGAUUUGCCACCGUGCCAGUGGACGGCGUCGACAAGGCUGUGGUUAAGGUUGUAGAGAGUGCGGAGUCUAAAAAGCGACCCCUGUGGCUAGUUUUCACUGGCGUCGGCUGCCAGUGGAACGGCAUGGCACGCCAGAUGAUGCAGUUUGACAUCUUCGCCGAAUCCAUCGGGAAAUCUCACGCACUCCUGAAAGAGAAAUUUGGAGAGGACCUGAUGGAUAUGCUGAUCUCCGACGAGCCUCGGUGCAAAACAAUUAAGGCAUGUUUUGUCUCCAUUGCGGCUGUCCAGGUUGCGCUUGUUGACAUGCUUCAAGCUCUGGGGAUCCAACCUGAUGGAAUGUUUGGUCAUUCGGUUGGCGAGAUUGGCUGUGCUUACGCAGACGGGGGAUUCACCGCCGAGCAGGUCUUGCUUUGCGCCUACUGGCGAGGCCGCUGCCUAGAAAUGGGCUAUGCAUUCGACGGUGCCAUGGCAGCAGUAGGUCUCACUUGGGAGGACGCGAAACAACGCUGUCCCCCUGGCGUGUACCCUGCGUGCCACAACGCGGAAGAUUCUGUGACAGUCUCUGGCACAGCCGAAGCGGUGGAGAAAAUGGUUGAGCAUCUGCAAGCCGAGAACAUAUUCGCCCGCAAGGUGAACAGCAUCGGAGUGGCUUUCCACACCAAGCACAUCCACAGCGUCGGUCCUGCCUUUCGAGAAGUUCUUGAAAAGAUUAUACCCGAACCAAAGGCACGCACCAAGCGCUGGAUUAGCACAUCAAUGCCAGAGAGCCGUUGGGAUGAACCUGCAGUGCAGCUCUGUUCUGCUGAGUACCACGCGAACAACUUCCUAAACCCGGUGCUCUUUUGCGAGGCAAUCAAGCACGUACCGGAGGACGCCAUCUUACUGGAGAUAGGACCGCACUGCCUGCUGCAGGCCAUCUUGCGGCGCGCUGUGGGCCCUUCCGCCACCUGCAUGGGCCUCAUGAAACGCAAUGCGGACAACCUCCAGCAUUUCUUGGGCUCACUCGGAAAUCUUCAUAUUCUGGGAGUCCAGAUGGACUUGUCAGUGCUGUACCCUCCUGUCCCUUGGCCCCUACCCCGCGGAACGCCCAACAUUGGCCACCUGGUAGCCUGGGACCACUCUCAGUCUUGGCAUGUUGCACAGUGGGACGAUUUUCCUAUGCCGGAUGAGGGGAAGGAAGAUGUCACGGAAAUCGACAUCGAAACUCGUAGCGAGGACAAGUACCUGGUCGGACACCAACCAGAUGGCCGUAUCGUGUUUCCUGGUUCUGGUUACUUGUAUCUCGCUUGGCGGUUUUUGGCCAACCACUAUGGGAAGGAUGUUAACGAGGCGCCUGCUAUCAUGGAUGACGUGAAAAUGAAGCGUUUCACCAUCUUGCCUCCAACGGGUGGCGUCCGUUUCCAGAUCACCAUGAUGCCUGUCUCGGGUGAGUUCGAAGUGUGCGAAGGCCGAGCAGUGGUCUGCAAAGGCCGUAUCCGCCUAGCCGAGGAAGGUGAGACCGUGCUCAUGAGGGACCCUCCUGGUACGCCUCGCGAACCCGUUGAGUUCGACAUGGACUGCAAGGACAUUUACAAGGACCUGAGCCUCCGCGGAUAUCAAUACUAUGGGGCGUUUCAGGGAACGCUCAAGGCUUCCUCACAAAAGCCGUACGCAAAGCUGAAGUGGGAUGGCAAUUGGGUGGCCUUCAUGGACACAGUAAUGCACACGAGCUUCAUCUGGAAGCCAGUACGAGCGUUUUUGCUGCCACUUGCGGUGCAGUCAAUCCGCGUCGACCCCUUCGUUCACGCAAAGAUGGCUGAAUUGGCUGGAGAUGAAGGACUGGAUCUCGUCUAUAAUUCCUACCACAACUUGCGCCGUGCUGGUGGUGUGGAAGUGCAAGGCGCGAAAGUGAACACCGUGCAGCGGCGCCCACUGCCCCUUACCCCAAUCAUAGAAGAGCACCGCUUUGUUCCUUAUAUGGAUGAUGAAAUCGCCCGUCUUGAUCGCGAGUACAUUUUGCGGGAAUAUGCUGGCGUAUGCAACUGCAUCAGCCGUCGCGUGCAGAGGAUGAGCGAAGAAAAGACGAGCCAUUCCGAGACCACUUUAAAGAGCUCUGCGGAAUUGCCAGAAGAGCUGCUCAACCGUUAUGUCGAGAACAUUGAGCCCAAUCAAAGCCUACUCCAGCUACUUAUUACAACCCAGAAGAAAGCACAUGAUGCUGCAACACUGGCUUCAACAGUGCAAUCGGUUCUACUUUCCACCACCAAUGCUCUCGAUCAAGAUAUAUUGACCACUGCACUCCUAGAGGCGGACGUCCUAAGAGAUGUGAUUGAUGUAGUUGUCGAAAACACAAGCUCCAUUAAGCUCUCUGUGCUAGAGCUUACGAAUGAGAAGAGUGUGGCAGCCAUUGGUCCUCGGGUAUCUGCUCUGCUGUCCAUGUAUAAUGUGCGCCUCAAGACAGACUGUGUUUUUGACGCCAGCUCGGAAGGCUUCAACAGCGUAGCAAACUUCAGCCCCGCCAACCCAGCCUAUAAGGACAUAAUAGAGAAAGACCUGGUAAUGAACGUCUACCGCGACGGGCAAUGGGGAUCGUAUAGACACCGCACCGUCAGUAAGCGGCACAUAGCAUUACCCUCCAGCGGUGAAAGCACCGAGUCGGUGCACCCGGCCAAAGACUGUCGCGAGAAUGGUCACUAUACAGAGGCGUCGCUGGGUUCCGGCGGCAAGGCGACCACUACCACGCAGUACGCUUACCUGCAAGUCCAGACCCGUGGAGACCUGUCAAGUCUGCAGUGGUGCGAGUCCCCGCUCGGCUAUCUACCACCUAGUGAUAAAGUCGGCAGAGAGGAUCUGUACGUUGACGUUUACUACGGCGCCAUCAACUUCCGGGAUAUCAUGCUUGCUAGUGGGAAAGUGAACUUGGACACAGCACGUGGUGACAAUGUCACCGGGGAGGCCUUCCUCGGCAUGGAGUAUUCAGGCCGCGACUGGAACGGACGGCGUGUGAUGGGAGGCAUCAAAGGCCAGUCCAUAGGAACUUUCCUGGUUGCUGACCCGGACAUGACGUGGGAAAUUCCUGAAUUGUGGACCAUGGAAGAGGCUGCUACGGUCCCCGUGGCAUACUCGACUGCCUACUACGCACUCAUUGUGCGUGGAGCUAUGAAGCCGGGAGAGUCGGUCCUCAUACACAGUGGCAGCGGAGGCGUUGGACAGGCUGCAAUCGCAAUUGCCCUUUCCAUGGGUUGCACAGUAUUCACCACUGUAGGAUCUCAAGAAAAGAAGGAUUUUCUCAAGAGGCGGUUUCCAGCAUUACAAGAACGAAACUUUUCAAACACACGUGACCUGUCCUUUGAAGAACACGUCAUGUGCGAAACUGAAGGCAGGGGUGUGAAUCUGGUGCUGAAUUCGUUGGCCGGUGACAAGUUGCUGGCCAGCGUGCGCUGCUUGGCAAAGCACGGUCGAUUCUUGGAGAUUGGCAAGUUCGAUCUGUUCGAGGACAAAAACCUGGGAAUGUCUGUGUUUCUCCAAGACGUCAGCUUCCACGGAGUUAUGUUGGAUUGCUUGUUGAACGACGAACCCAGUUCUGCGGCAAUGAAGCGCCACCUCAGAUCACUUAUCCUCGAGGGAAUCGACUCCGGAGUGGUGAUACCGCUGAAGGCCUACACAUUCACCCGAGAGGAGACCGAGCAAGCAUUCCGUUUUACUGCUGCUGCUAAGCACACAGGGAAAGUUUUGAUUCAGAUGCGACCGGAAGAGAGCGAGCGCGUCACUCGCGCGCCUCCGCUGACGCUUGAAGCAGUGGCGCGCCCCCACUUCUACCGACACAAAUCAUACAUUAUUGUCGGUGGCCUGGGUGGCUUUGGUCUCGAGCUCGCAGACUGGAUGGUGACACGCGGAUGCCGCAAGCUUCUGCUGAUUUCCAGAAGUGGCAUACGUACGGGGUACCAGAGGCUUUGUAUUAGACACUGGAGCGAACAGGGGGUCACAGUGCUCGUCAGCAGUGACGAUGUAUCGACGAAAGAGGGCACGCGCAAGAUCAUCGAGACUGCGACAACAAUGGGGCCCGUGGGCGGGAUCUUCAACCUGGCCAUGGUGCUUCGAGAUGCCUUGAUUGAGAACCAGACACCGGAGAUGUACAUGGAUGUGUGCAAGCCCAAAGUGCUGGGCACUCAGUGCCUAGACAGUGUAUCGCGAAAGGAGUGUCCAGAACUUGAUCACUUCGUCGUGUUCUCAUCCGUGUCCUGUGGUCGUGGUCAAAUUGGACAAACAAACUACGGCUUCGCCAACUCCGUCAUGGAGCGCCUGUGUGAGCGACGGGUUGCCGACGGCCUCCCUGGUUUGGCUAUUCAGUGGGGCCCCAUCGGAGACGUUGGCGUAGUCCACGAAAGCGUGGGCGCAGAUUUGGAGUUUUUUGGACUUGUGCCACAACCAAUAUCUUCCUGUAUGGAGGUAAUGAACUACUGCCUAAGCCAAAAGCAACCCGUCGUCUCCUGCUUCGUCAAGAGCAGUCCGUCAUCGAAACAGGACAGCAAGGAUAGGCGAGAUCUUGUUGAGAGUGUGGUCAACAUACUUGGCAUCAGAGAUCUGUCAAAGAUGAGCCCAACCGUCACCCUCGGUGAAUUGGGAAUUGACUCCCUCAUGAGCGUCGAGUUGAAUCAGCUGCUUGAGCGCGACUUCGACGUGACCGUGUCAACACAAGAUAUCCGGCAGCUCACCAUCAGCCAGUUAAAGGAGAUCAGCGAAGGCGGCGGCGGCAUUUCACCAGCCUCUGAAGUUCCAGCUCCGGCCCAAACUGGACAGGGACUGCUGCAGAACCCCGACACCGAGGCGCGUGAGGUCAAUAGGCAAGUCGCCGUUUUAAAGACGAAAGAAGCUGAGCUCCGCCAGCUAGACAAGGACAUUCUCGAUCCCACGGAAGACGAGGCUAUCGAAGGAGAAGUCGAGGGCGCAAACGACUACCACGAGAAGAUUCUGUACGCGAUUGCUGAUUUCUUCCUGUCACAGCGUCAACAGGCGACCGGUCUCAGCGGCCUGUCUAGGGGUGAACCCAAUGACGACCGGGUAGCAGCCACCCGGAGCAACAUCGGAUCUGCUGGGGCGCCGCAAGGACCCGCCAGUACGCCACGCUACCGGUCGGUCGCGCUUCCGACGCUUCAGAGUCUCCUUGACCCUUACGUGCAACAAGUGCCAACGCCGACACCUAACGGUCCUUUGCGAGCUGUCACGAGCCGUCACCACGACCGCUGCUCCUGCACCAACAGUACCGAGCGGCUCGUCCGGCUCUACCUCACCGACGGUAACUACGGCGUCAACUGGCGCUACAGAAGCCAAGUCGGUGCUGCUUCAUACGGGCCGUGUUUGGGCUGA